AUGUCAACCAAAAGCAACCUGCAGUAUGGUAUUGCGGCGGCCUUAGGUGGAGACGAAAACACACUCAAUAUUCAACAGACGAGCGGUAGAAUUCCCUCUCUUAAUCUUCCUUUUCCUCCAACUAACCAGGCUCAGGAUUUGGCCUUGAAUUUAUUACGCUCUAAUAAGGGAACUUCUCCCCUAGAUGCUUUUAAUAUUUAUCGGAAAUUAUUUCUUGAACACUUAGAAUCUCAAGGAGUACAGUUAUCUGACCCAUCCUCUUUCAUAUUGGAUGCUUGGUCUAGAGAAUCUUUAAAAGUCAAAGACUAUUAUUCAACGGUGGAAAAUUUGUGGUAUAAAGCCUUGAAUGAGACAUUUAACUCAGUCAUGUCUCCGGUAGACUUACAACCAAAUUCGGAUGAAUCAUUUAUGACCUUUUCUAUUCAAGAUGGAAAUGGUUAUGAUUUUGAUUUAUUUCACUCAAGUAGCUCUCAAUCAGUUGGUCCUCCUACUCCAAUGUCCAUUACCAACAGCCCUUUUGUCUCAUCUAACCUUUCCAAUUCUGAAAAUGAUGCCAAUGGACCCUCUUUCUUCCCGGCUCUUUCUCAUAUACAACGAAGGCCAUCGCACCCAGAAGAACCUUCAGAUGAUGGACAUUCCAACGAAUUUGGUUUCUCACUUUUCUAA